AUGACGGAACUGAACCCCGGCUUCACCUUCGAUUUGGGCCCAGGAUCUGUCGAGGUCCAAGCUCCUUGGGAAUUUAGCGGGGCCCUUGUGGAUGCGGAGAAGCCAGCGUCCCAUGCAACGACCAUCGACCAGAAGAUCAGGAAGCGGGUGGGGGAGGUGAGGGGCAGCGGUCGCCAGCCGGGCCGAGUGGCUGCCAUCGACAGCGAGCAGGAGUCCUCCAGCGACAGCGACAGCGCAUCAGACGAUGAGGGUGCCAGCGACAGCGACGCCCCGCUCCCGGGGGAGGAGGACGGCAGCGAUGGGUCCGAGGAGGAGGAGGGCGUCGCCGAUGACUCGGACGAUGCCGAGGUAAACACCGACACCGAGGACGACGAAGGCGAGGGGCCAAGCGGCGAAGAUGCCGAGUCUCAGGAGUCUGACGAGGGUGCGGAGGGGCCUCGACAACCCAAGGGAACUGCGUCAGACCCUCCCGCCCGACCAAGCAAGCGGCCUGCGGAGGAGGCAGGCGCAGCGGGGCCGGCCAAGAGGCAGGUCGGACCAGUGCCGCGCGGCAAGGCCGGGGGCUUCUACGCAGCGACGCCAGAGGGCACCACCUUUGCAGCCAAGACAUUCGCGGAGCUGAACCUGUCCAAGCCCCUUGUGAAGGCUUGCCAGGCGCUGGGCUACACCCACCCCACCCCCAUCCAGGCGGCGUGCAUCCCGCUGGCCCUGACGGGGCGUGACAUCAGCGGCAGCGCGGUCACCGGGUCCGGCAAGACGGCGGCCUUCAUGUUGCCCCUGCUGGAGCGCCUGCUGCAUCGAAGCCGCCGCCUGGCCGCCAUGUACGUCCUGGUGCUGACUCCGGUGCGAGAGCUGGCGGUGCAGAUCCACUCCAUGACGCAGAAGCUGGCGCAGUUCACCGACAUUCGCGCCGCGCUGGUGGUGGGGGGGCUGUCGCUCCAGGCUCAGGCCGCCAGCCUGAGGACCAGCCCCGAGAUUGUGGUGGGGACGCCGGGCCGGGUGAUCGACCACGUGCGGAACACCCAGUCCGUGGGCCUGGAGGACCUCCAGGCGCUGAUUCUGGAUGAGGCCGACCGCCUGCUGGAGAUGGGGUUUGCCGAUGAGAUCAAGGAGAUCGUGAGGCUGGCGCCCCGGAAACGCCAGACCAUGCUCUUCUCGGCCACCAUGACGGAGGAGGUGAAGAAGCUGGUGGCGGUGUCCCUGAACCGCCCUGUGCGCCUGGCCGCCGAUGCCACGGCAGCCGCGCCCAAGGAGUUGACGCAGGAGAUCCUGCGGCUCAAGGGCGCCGAGGCGAGCCAGAAGGAGGCAGUGCUGCUCGCGCUGUGCUCGCGCACCUUUGCCUCGGGGCGCACCAUCGUCUUCUUCUCCACGAAGCAGCGCGCACACCGCAUGAAGAUCCUGUUUGGCCUGGGCGGGCUGGCCUCCGCCGCCGAGCUGCACGGUGACAUGACCCAGGCGGCGCGCCUGCAGAGCCUGGAGGCCUUUCGCCGUGGCGAGGCCGCUUUCCUGCUGGCCACCGACGUCGCCUCGCGCGGGCUGGACAUCCUCGGCGUGGAGACCGUGAUCAACUUUGACGCGCCCAAGCAGCUCCCCGCCUACCUGCACAGGGUGGGGCGCACCGCGCGGGCGGGGGCGCUGGGGCGGUCGGUGACCUUUGUGGAGGACGAGGACCGCGCGCUGCUCAAGGCCGUGGUGAAGGGCACGGGGGUGCAGCUGCAGCAGCGCCAGGUGCCGGCCGUCGCCGUGGCGGCCUGGCAGGACCGCGUGGAGCGCAUGAGCGACGACGUGCGCUCCGUCAUCUUCGAGGAGCGCGACGAGCGGCACCUGCGCCGGGCGGAGAUGGAGACGCAGAAGGCUGCCAACCUGAUCGAGCACGAGUCCGAGAUCUUCUCGCGCCCAGCGCGCACCUGGUUCCAGUCGGAAAAGGAGAAGCGGUCGGCGGCGGAGGCGGCGCGGGUGGCGGACACGCCGCUGACCGGCAAGCAGCAGAAGAACCGCGACAAGUACCAGAAGAAGGUGGACAUGAAGGCGCGCGCGGCGGCGGAGGCGGCGGAGCGCAAGCAGGGUAACCGAUUGAUGGAAGAGACGGAGGGCCUGAGCCGGACCAUCCGCGCCAUCAAGUCCAGGGAGAAGACCCUGCGCAUGACCGGCAUUGGCGGGGCCAAGACGGGGAAGAUGGCGGCCGGCAUGGUGACCGGGGUCAAGAAGAAGCAGGGCAAGAAGAAGAGCAAGGAUGAGCUCUUCAAUGGCGAUGGCAUUGACAACAAUGGCCCAGCACCGACGGGGAAGACCCAGGUGUACGCAGGGGGUGCCCGUAGUAGCAAGGCCGCCGUGAGUUGGCUGAGAACCGGCAAGCCGUCCAACAAGCUCUCUAAGGCCGAGCUGGCACGGCAAAAACGUGGUGGGAAGGGGCGCCACGUCUUCAAGAGCAAGGCCAAGCACAGGAGACGCUGA